AUGCACAUGCCAACCAUCUCACGCAUCGCGACUCGCGCUUGCAAAGGUCCAUUGGGUCGUGGACGACUCGAAGAAUCGGGAUGGCGAUCUUUUUCGGCAUCUUCUUCCUUCGACAAACUUGGGGUAAUUGGUCUCGGUUUGAUGGGGCACGGUGUUUGUCAAGUUGGUGCCGCUUCAGGAAUCCAUUCCGAAGUCAUUGCGUUCGAGCCCGAACAGCAGUACCUCGACCGCGGAAAAGAUCGUAUCGAAAAAUCCAUCGCCAAGCUUGUUUCCAAGGGGAAAAUGACGCAAGAAGCAGCCGAUGAGACUUUGGGGAAAAUCACCUUUACGACCGACAUGGCUCAGCUCAUGGAUACCGACUUUAUCGUGGAAGCCGUCAUUGAAAACAUCAAUUUGAAACGAGACCUGUACUCGGAAUUGGGACAAGUCUGCAAACCAGAAACUAUCUUUGCUUCCAACACGUCUAGUCUGUCCAUAUCCGAAAUGGCUGGUUUUUCUGGUCGCCCCCAGAACUUUGUGGGAGUCCAUUUCUUCAAUCCCGUCCAGCUCAUGAAACUGGUGGAAGUCAUCCACACCGACCAGACCGAUCCGGCCGUUUUCGACAAGGCCUACCAAUGGGUCCAAGACAUUGGCAAGGUGCCGGUCUCGUGUGGCGACACUCCCGGUUUCAUUGUCAACCGUCUGUUGGUACCCGCCUUGAUGCAGGCCAUGCUCAUGGUGGAUCGAGGCGAGGCGUCGGUGCGAGACAUUGACGUGUCUAUGCAACUGGGCGCCGGUCACCCGAUGGGACCCUUGCACUUGGCCGACUAUAUUGGCCUCGAUACGUGUUGCUUUAUCGUCAAGGGAUGGGUCGAACUCUUUCCGGACGAACCGGCCUUUGUUCUGCCUAAAAUUCUGCAGACCAAAGUGGCCGCGGGCGAACUGGGACGGAAAACGGGCAAAGGAUUUUAUCACUGGGACGGUGACAAGAGAGGAGAUCCGGUGGAGUAA